AUCAACAUUUUAACGUCGAACGAGGCGGUUGUGCGAGCGGUCAAGACGGUUUUGCGAGCGCGAAAAUAAUUCGUAAAUUUCGUUGCGUGUGUGUGGUGCGGUCUUUGAAUUGUUAACAAAUAAAACGCGCAUUGUAUUAAAUUUGUUGCCUGCAUUUUGUAAGCGCACAAUUGCCCCUGGUUUUAGUCUUGUGGCGGCGGUUCAUGCACAUGAAAAUAUGGCAAUGUUACAACAACAAUGUUCAAUAGCAACAACAAUAACGACAGCAGCAGCAGCAACAAUCAAUUUGUUAACGACGCAUAGCGGCAGGCAGCAAAUUAAACCAAGGGAUAUGCCACAAACAAUAGCAACAGCAACAAAAACAACAAAGCGCAUUAGAAGCAUUACUAAAUAAACGCCGCAAAAAGCGCAAAAGCGAAAGACAACAACAAUUAAGUAACACAACUGCGAAACUCUUACGAAACGUGCAUAACGUAUUGCAACAUACAAUACACCAAUACAUAUAUAUAUAUAUAUUCCAAUUGGGAAAAAUACGGCGAAAAAUUUCUAAGAAAAGGCGCUGCGCCUGCGUAAAUAUAAGAAAAAAAAAAAUACUAGUGUGUAAAAGAGAAAAUAGUAAAUAAUUCAGUUUUAUUUUUUUACUGUGAGUGCUGAAAGUGAAAAGAACGCAACAAAUACUAAAAAUAGAGAGUAACAAAACAACAACAACAACAACAACAAAAUGGAGCAAAUUACGCAUUACUUUGAGCACAUGGAUUACGUGUCCUUUGGCGUUAUAGCCUUGCCCUGCAUUGUUAUAGCCAUCUAUGGAUUUCUGCAAAUGGCGAGUGGAUUCAGAUACAGAUACAGCCAGGCCAAAAAUGACAAUAUGCAACGUUUUAAUAACAACGCCAGCAACAACAACAACAACAACAGCAGCAGCAAUCAUAAUCAAAGCAAUUGCACUAAUGGCGGCAAUCAUCACAACAACAACAAUAGCAACAACAAUAAACGCUGCACACAAAAAUAUGUUGGCUACAACUUAGCAACUGCUGCUGCUGCUGCAACGACAGCAACCAGCAUUGCUAACAGUUAUCAGCAGCAGCAGCAACAGCAGCAGCAGCAGCCACAACACAAUAGCAACAACAGCAACAACAGCAACAACAACAACAACAAGCCACAUGCUAUGCGCAAAAUGCGCUACAACAAUCACAACAACAACAACAACAACAACAACAACAAUAAGCGUCAGGAUAAUUACAGCCUGCAAAAACGAGAUCACGCCUGGUUGGAUCACAAGUUUGGACACCACUUGGUCACUUCUUCAUGCAUCGAAGAGAAAUUCUUGGGCCAGCAACAUAAUCCAAGGCAUAGGAACAGCACCAGCAGCGAGGCAACCAGCGAGGAUCUAAUCUCAGGCGAUGAGCAGCAGCUGGGCAAAGGCAAAAAGACACAAAACGGCAGCAGCAGCUGCAACAGCAACAGCAGCAACAACAAAGCGCGUGGCAAGCGUCAGUCGAAGGCGCAGCCCGCGAAGCAGACACAAGAGUCAAGCAACAGCAACAACAACAGAUACAACAACAGCAACAACAAAUGCAAGCAGGUCAAAGCGAAGCCAAGCAAAUGCAACAGCAACAGCAGCAACAACAACAACAACAAGUGUGUAAGCAGCAGCAACAGCAAAACUGUUGUCAACUAUGCUGAGAGCAAUUCAAGCAGCUCAUCCGGCUUGAGCUCUCCAGGCAGCUCGCCACACAGCAGCAACAGCAACAGCAGCAACAGCAGCAACAUAUCUGUGGUCAACUGGCGUGAGGAGUGUCUGCUGCAUAAAUCGCUGCGCCAGCAGCAGCAGCAACAACAACAGCAACAGCAGCAGCAGCAACAGCGUUUGCGCCUGCAACAGCAGCUGCCGCCGCUGCGGCAAUACGAGCUGCUGGACAUGGACGAUCUGAUGCUGCUGCAGCAGCUGCAGCGCUAUUUGAUCGAUCAGCAUCUGCUGCGCGUCUACGGAUUUCCCGUGGAGAGCGUUGCACACGAGGGCGCCAUUGAGAUAUUCAAAUGCCUGCCGCCCAUGAGCUUUGCCGCCGCCCAUGUGCUGGCCGUGGCGGAGACGCCGGCGCUGACAGUGAUCAACUGCCAUGAUGGGCUCAACAGCAGCUACGACGACAGCAGCAGCAGCAGCAGCAGCACCCAGGAGCAGCAGUGCGAUGCGGAAGCGGAAGCGGCAGCCACAUCAACCGACUCCGGCAACAUAUCGCCGCGCUCGCUGGACUCGGAGUCGAGCGGCGAGUGGAGCGGCAGCGAGUGCGAAGCAGCGGCGCCCAGUCUGGCGCUCUACUGCAGCUUCGAGGAUGCGCAGCCGGCGCUGGAGCGCAGCCUGGCCAAGCAGUGCGUGCGCUGCAAGCGCGACUUUCUGGUGGACGAGCUGAGCGGCCAGUACUUGUCGCAGGAGGAGUGCAGCUACCACUGGGGCAAGUACCAUCGCUGCUACGAGAACAGCAGCUGGUACAGCCGCUGGACCUGCUGCGAUGCGCGCGACCAGCAGGCGCCGGGCUGCAGCCACAACGAGCUGCAUGUGUGGACGGGCAGCGUCGUCGGCGUCAAUGGGCCGUAUCACGAUUUUGUGCGCACGCGUCAGCGCCAGCGCCAGCAGCCGCAGCGAGCGACGGCCUACGCGCUGGACUGCGAAAUGAGCUACACGGGUCGUGGUCUGGACGUGACCAAAGUGUCGCUCGUCUCGCUCAAUGGCCAGCUGGUCUACGAACACUUUGUGCGCCCCGAUGCGGAUAUUGUUGACUACAAUACGCGCUACUCGGGCGUCACUGCCAAGGAUCUCAAGGCGGGCGGCGGCGGCGGCGGCGGCGUCGUCAAGACACUCGCCGAGGUGCAGCGCGAUCUGCUGCAGCUCAUCGAUGCCGACACCAUUCUGAUUGGCCACGGGCUCGACAACGAUCUGCGUGCGCUGCGCCUGGUGCACAACACACUCAUCGACACGUCUAUAACGUUUCCGCACUCCAGCGGCUUUCCCUAUCGCCGUGCGCUGCGCCACUUGACCAAGACGCAUCUGAAUCGCGAGAUACAGACGGGAGAUGGCGCCACUGGGCACAGCAGCUUCGAGGAUUCGCGCGCCUGCAUGGAGCUCAUACUCUGGCGACUGCGACGCGAGCUGGAGAGCCACCCACUCCCCACCCACAACCAGGACGCUGCUCAGUAAACGUUUCGACGUUUGCGCUUUUAUUUUUAUGUGGGCAGAACGAACCUGGAGACAAGCACUUCUUCUCUCUCUCACUCUCACACACUCACACACUCUCGCACUCGCACGCACUGCUGCUGUAUUUAAUCUCAAGCAAUGCCAUAUCUACGAUAUAUCGAUAUAUCGAUAUAUGGCUAGCCCCCAUCCCCAACAAGAAGUAAUGACAAAUGACACGAGACGACGACGACGAAGAAGAAGAAGAAGCGCUCCUCAGGAAUGGAGACACAAGCAAAGAAUGAUAUGAACACGAAAUGCAAUUAGAAGAAGACGAAGAAGAAGAAGAAGCAAAAGUAUAUACACACAUAUAUACAUAUAUCUAUAUACAUAUAUAAUCAUAUAUGUGUGUCGUUUAUAGAGCGUAACUUAUCUAUAGAGCUAUAUGAUAUGUUAAUAUAUGAUACAUGUG